UGAAAGACUGUUUGAGUCUCAAGCUGAUCCCUAUUUUCAGGGAUAUGGACCCGCAGGUCGGUGUUUCUCUCCGAAACUUCCAUAUCCAAGUUUCGAAGAUCAGCAAUAUAUCGGAUUUAGUGGUCUACUGUUUUAACGAUGACCACGAGAUGAGCGUCCAUAACGCGGACGAAGACGACUGCCGGAAUAACAAGUGCAAAUGUGUUCCUUUGGCAAGACUGUUGCAUAUCGCUCAACUUUUAUAUGCGAUCGAACAUCCAGAGUUGGAGCAGCCGGACUGCAAAAAACUCUAUAACACCUUCGUUCUUGAGGAUAUCAAGAUCAGUGCGCUUGAGUCCUCGAAUCUCAUAACCAUUCCGUUGUUGAGCCAAAACGCCUCUUCCAAAAUUGCCGGAGAUCUGUGUUCAGACUAUGAUAUCAAGGUAUUCAACAAUUGGGACUCGAACUACCUGUAUCGUGAAAAACUAGAGAUAUCUAAGAUGUCUUCUGCAACAGAGGUUAUCGAUAACGUGUGGUUUGGAAACACCACUGAUUUUGAAUGUCUGCAUAUUCAAUUAAAUUCAGGAACAGAUGUUCAAACAGCAGUUUCACAAACCUAUUCCCCACCUCUACAUUGCGACCCAACAAAUACAAUUGUGACCUUGAAAAAAGAUAUGUUGUCACAGAGACCUAUCAAGGAGAUUGAUUCCAAGUUGAUUACAUUCCCAAAAGCACACUGGAGAUUUUUUGUUCACUGCGUUGAUGGGGCAGAAUUCCCAUCUGCCAUGGAACUACGCACCAUUUUUUCUAGCAUCGACUACUUGCAACAAAUCUAUCUUGAGUUUCCGCCAUCUGGCUCAGUCGAGCUGGCAGACUUGUCUGAAAAUGAUAUUCUGUGCAUAAUAAACGUCUGCAAGCUGCUUUGUUACAAAGGAACCAAGAAAUUCCCAGCAUUGUUGUACUGCUCUGACGGAUACACAGAAACCUCGCUCUUGGGGUUGGCUUUCCUCAUGUACUCCGAACAGAUCAGCAUUGAUGAGGCUAUAAUUCGUUUGCAUUGCAAGUAUGGGCGCCCAUUCUUUAUUUUCAAAUCUGACUAUUUGCUGCUUCAACGACUUGAGCCGAUCUUACUAAAAUUUGCUUCUUUGCGAACUGACAAGUUGACUUUCGAAGACGACAAGAACCUUGUGAAAGCCUUCCUUUUGUCGCCAUUACGUCUAAGACACAGAGAGUCUCUCGGAAUGUCAUUCAAUUCGGUUCUCAACACUUCAACUGGGCAGCACAUUAUUCAGCUUCGUGAACAGCAAAAAGGGUACGAAGAAAAAGAGCUUGGGUCAGAUUCCGAGUCAAGUUCAACCUCCACAACCUCGCUUGAGUCUCCUGUGGAGGCUGAAGGUAUCUGCGAAAGCGUUCUGGGAUCACUUCCUUCGCGGAUCCUGCCCCAUUUGUAUCUCGGCUCUUUAAAUCACGCUUCGAGCCUUGCGUUACUUAAAGAGUUAGGUAUCAACUACGUGGUGAGUGUUGGAGAACAGAUCCCAUGGCUGACUGACCUUGAAUACACGACAGGCACUACCGAUAGCGGGUGUGAAAUUUUCAAGAUCGCUUCUGGCCAGAAGAUCGGUAGGGUUUCCUGUACUGUGGAGGAGGUGAUGCAGAUCAGCAACAUUAACGACGAUGGUAUUGGAACAUUGACUCCCACCUUGAAUGAUGCGCUGGACUUCAUCGAGAGAUGUCACGCAGCUGAUGGAAAAGUGUUGGUUCACUGUCAAGUUGGAGUUUCCAGAUCGGCCACGGUUUGCAUUUCGGAGGUGAUGAAACGACUCAAUAUUAGUCUUCCGCGUGCCUACUUGUAUGUGCGUGUGCGAAGGCUGAAUGUGAUUAUCCAGCCGAACCUGAAGCUGAUGUACGAGUUGUUCAAAUGGGAAGAGCAGUUUAUGCGGUCCAAGAUGAACAAACGUACCAACAGCAUAUCCUCGCAGUCAUCUGUGGGACCGUCAAACAACUCUACGUUUUCGGUGAACCACAGUGCACACUCGUCGUUCUCUACCAGCUACGGUUCCGUCAGUUCCGGGUUGGUGCCGUCGUCGAUUCGAGACAGACCCCGGUUUUCCCUGGUUGGCUACGAAAGAGCCAUUUCCGAGGAGGACGACGAGUUUGACGCCCGGCGUCUUGACUUGGAAAGUGACGCGAUCGUGAGCAACAGUCCAGGGUUCAUCCGCGAGGUCGACUGUUUCCAAGAAUCGCAAACGGCGCUUCUCCGUCGUCCUUGGCAGAAGUUCAGAGACGGCACGCUUUACUACGGUAUCGCCAAGACGGGUAACAAGCGUGUUCCGUUGACGACAAAGCAAGGUAACAAGAAUUUUUACAAAGGUACCAGAUCGUCGGGUAUUGGACACAUGGACAAGUGGGGAACCUACAAGAUCGAUUACCAGCGGGUGCGUACGUUUGUGGCGCCACCGAACCUUGCCGAGACCUCGUUAAAGCCACUGGUGUCUUCCAACGCAGUGAUUCCAAAGAACACUUUUGACGGCUACUCGAACGUCACCGACGGCAGAUUCCUAUUCGACAAGGUGAAGGAGUACAUCGAGACCGGCGAGGUGGAGCAUCCGCGCACGGAGGAGUAUAUUGAGAGAGCUUAA